ACAGCCCUCCUCUGUUUGUCUCGUUACAAAAAAAAUGUGGCUAAAGAUUUUUACCAUCCUUGUUGUUUUACAGUCCUCGUUCCUCCUGCAUGGGCUUGCCCAAACAGGACCUCCACGGCCGAACCCCACCAUCACGCGGAUCCGGCCAAGGCCGUCGCUGAUCCCACCGGGCAUCAACCUAAUGCCUCGCCGCCCGAAUAACGACCCGGGACCUCUAGCCAACCGGGACAGAAUCCUGUUCAUAACCCAUGAGCUCAAAAGAAACAUCACUUACGACCCAUUAGGGUACACCAAAACGUGGGUGGGCGACAAUUACUGCCUCUUCAAAGGGUUCUUCUGCGACGUGGUUCCUGACCUCAACAUCACUGGCCUAUCCUCCAUCGACUUCAGUGGCGCUAGAUUUGGUGGCCCUUUCUUGAACUUCUAUCGCUUCAUUCGUAACCUGCCCGACAUUGCCAUCUUCCAUGCUAAUUCCAACAACUUCACUGGCGUUAUCAACCGCAAUAUUAACAAAUUGCGGUUCCUGUAUGAGCUCGAUUUGAGCAACAACAAGUUCCUUGGUGGGUUCCCUGGAUACGUCCUUGGAGCAAAUAAAUUGGCGUUUGUGGACUUCCGUUUCAAUACUUAUAAUGGUUCGGUUCCGUAUCGGUUGUUCAACAUCGAUACCGACGUCCUCUUCAUCAACAACAAUGGCUUCGCCGGGAGGAUCCCGCAAGCCACCUUCGGCAACACGCCCGCUCUGUAUAUCACACUUGCUGGCAACAAGUUUACAGGUCCAAUCCCUCCAACCAUCGGGCGAGCUUGGAGAACUCUUCGGGAGGUGCUGUUCUUAAGAAACAGGCUGUCGGGAUGUCUGCCUUUCGAGAUAGGAUAUCUGGUAAAAGCCACGGUGUUCGACGCCAAUUCAAACAUCUUGACAGGUCCAAUCCCGCAGUCCUUGGGCUGCUUAUUUAGCUUGGAGAUUCUAAACUUAGCCAACAACCAGUUCUACGGAGCCAUUCCAGAGUCCCUCUGCAGGCUUCCGGACGUCUACAACAUCACUCUAAGCAACAACUACUUCACCCAAAUCGGGCCACAGUGCCGAAAGUUAGUGACAGCGCAAAGACUCCACGUGCAAGGGAACUGCCUUCCGGGGUUCCGAUUGCAAAAAACUGCAGCCCAAUGCGCCACGUUCUUCUCGAAGCCGAGGAGCUGCCCUCGAGCCAACACCUUCAACUAUGUCCCCUGUACACUUCCUACGGCGGCUAAUAAGGCUGUGGUUACUUCUGUUGAGGAUAUGGUUCCUCCUUCACCCCGUUCGUAUGCGGCGCUUGAAAGGCCUCACCCUCACCAUUGAUUAAUUAUUUUUCUUUGGUGCUCCAAUAAAAUUACGGUCACUAACACUCGGGCUUCUGUUUGAUGUUUCA